AAUUACUGUAUUUUGUACACAAGUACGACAUUAAAAAGUGUCAUAAAAAAAAAAUUAAGUGAAUAUUAUUGUAGUGAAGAGUGGUGAAAACUAAUUAGAAUUUCGCGAGCGUUUGGAGAGUUCUGAAAAGGCGUUUCAGAAGAAAUCUACAAAAAUGGGGAAGAAGCAGCAUCAAAAGGAUAAAAUGUACUUGACGUACACCGAGUGGACGACUCUAUAUGGUGGAAAGAGGACAGGGGACGACUUCAAAACGUCAGAAGAUACAACUUUUCGACAUUUACCCUUUAAUCACUGCUGUGUGAGCUUACAGCCCUUCGAGCACCCUUACUGUGACUCUCAGGGCAAUAUUUUUGAGCUGGAGCCACUUUUAAACUACAUCAAACAGUUUAAACAUAAUCCAGUGACUGGCAAACCCAUCGACGUCAAGAGUUUGAUCAAAUUAAAUUUUUCAAAAAAUGCUGAAGGUGAAUACCAUUGUCCAGUGCUAUUCAAAGUAUUCUCACGACACACGCAUAUUGUCGCUGUUAAAACUACUGGAAAUGUUUUCUCCUACGAGGCGGUGGAACAGUUAAACAUAAAAACAAAAAACUGGAGGGAUUUAAUCAAUGACGAACCUUUUACCAGAAGUGAUUUGAUUACGAUUCAGGACCCAACUAAUGUGUCAAAAUUCAAUCUCUCGAGAUUUCAUCACAUUAAAAAUAAUCUCAGAGUGGAAGAUGCAGAUACCGUUCGAGAUCGUAAAAAUCCAAAUGCAAGAUUGAAAACAAUUUCCAUGGAAACACGAGAGACUUUAGCUGAGUUGAAAAGAGAUUAUAAACCAACAGAGAAAAAAGAGGAAGCAGCAGCAAUAGUUGCUGAUAAGUUUAAUGCGGCUCACUAUUCUACGGGUGCAGUAGCAGCAGGUUUCACGUCUACAGUAAUGCCUCGAGAAACUAUGCACAAAGCAGCUGUGGUCGAUGAAGAUCUGGUGAGAUACGAACGAGUGAAGAAGAAGGGAUAUGUGAGGAUUGUAACAAACUUCGGUUCAUUGAACGUAGAAUUGUUUGCUGAUCUAGUGCCUAAAACAUGUGAAAACUUCAUGAAACAUUGCCAAAGUGGUUAUUACAACAAUACAAAGUUUCAUCGAUCUAUAAGAAAUUUUAUGAUUCAAGGAGGAGAUCCCACGAAUACGGGAAAUGGAGGUCAAUCGAUUUGGGGGAAACCUUUUGCUGAUGAAUUCAAGCCGAAUUUAGUGCAUCAGGGUCGGGGCGUACUUUCAAUGGCCAAUUCUGGCCCGAAUACUAAUGGCUCUCAGUUUUUUAUUACAUUUCGAUCCUGUCGUCACCUAGAUCGUAAACACACGAUUUUCGGGAAAAUCGUAGGUGGAAUGGAGACUCUGAAUGCAAUGGAGAAGAUCGAAGUGGACAACAAGGACAGACCUAUUGAAGAUAUUAUUCUGCAAACAGCUCAGAUAUUUGUGGAUCCAUUUCAAGAAGCAGAUGAGCUCCUAGCUGCCGAGAGAGCUGAGGAGCUGGAGAGAGCUGCGAAAGAGGCUGAGCGAUUGAAAUCCGGGAGAAAAGCCGAUGAUGACGGUGUUCUAAAAGCUUACAGGUCUGGGGUAGCAAAAUAUCUCCAGCCAGGAUCCAGUUUAGAGUCCUCAAAGGUGGAGGGGCCUUUAAAGAAGAAGAGAAAAGGAGGUUCUCAAGUGCUGGACAACUUUUCUAGUUGGUGAAUCAGAGGAAACUCCCAUUUCCGAGUGUUACACCAUCAAAAUUAAUUUUCUGUGAAUAAAUG